GCUUUCAUUCUGUUUCCAAGAAGAAACAAAAGCCAAAAAAUUUUUUUUUUCACUUCCAAAAACAGAAAUAUUCAGUCUGAUCGGAGUUCUGUUUUCACAAUAUGGUUCGCGUUAGCAACUUCAUCGUGGGGUUGGUGAACUCCCUGUCCCUACUCCUCGGCCUCGCCGCGGCAAUCUCCGGCCUGUACUUCCUCAUCCACGGCGGCACUCAAUGUCAGGAGUCUCUUUCCGACCCCUUACUGAUAACGGGAGGGUUCGUGUUCCUGUUUUCCGUGCUGGGGUUGAUCGGGGUGUGGGGUAAGAACAAUCUCGUGAUGUUUAUCUACUUGGCGGCCAUGUUUGUUCUGUUGAUGGGGAUCAUCGGGUUCACUGUGUUUGUGUUUCUGGUGACGGAUAAGGCCGUCGGAGAAGUGGUGUCCGAGAGAGGGUAUAAGCAGUACAAGACAAGUGAUUACGGUCACUGGUUGGAGAGGCAUUUUGUGGACGGGAAGAAGUGGGAUCGCGUUAGGGCUUGUUUGGUGGAGACGCAUGUCUGUAAGAAUCUUGCAAGUAAAAAAGAGUCAGAUUUUAUCAAGAAAACACUAACACCCAUACAGUUGGGGUGCUGCAAACCUCCAAGAGAAUGUGGUUUCCAGUUCAAGAACGCAACUUUCUGGGAUGUUCCAGCAUCAGGCCCCGCAUCCAACAUUACAGACUGCCGGACGUGGAGUAACAACAAGGACAUGCUCUGCUACAACUGCAACUCCUGCAAGAGUGGAUUUCUUGCAAAUAUUGAGCAGCAGUGGAGGCAUCUGCUUUUCUUCAACAUCUGCCUCACUGUGGUCCUUGUCCUGGUUUACUCAAUUGGCGUUUGUGCCUGGAGAAGCAAUAGGAGAGAGAGUCGCAAACGCGGCGGGUUCCCCUGAUCUAUCCAUAUUGUCUAUGUUAUUUAUUAGAUUCAGCUUGGUUAGACGUUUUUUUUAAUUAGGUUUGCCUGGUUUAGAAUUCUUCAAUGGUUUGUUUGUGCACUGAUAUUUAACGUUGAAUUUGGAAUAAAGUUUUGUUGGUUAA